GCAGCGCUGGAGUACCGUGGAGCGCAGAUCGCGGACCCGAGCGGGCAUGUCCCCGUGCGCGGGAGCACCCGUUUGCCGCCGGGCCUGGGCGGCUGUGAACUUAGCAGCGGGCUCCUGCGGCCCUGUCGCUGCCAUGUAGUCGCCGGCAGGGCUCCCUGAAGUCCGGGAGCGGCAGUGUCAGUGAGCCUGAACCCAGGAACCCGCGUCUUCCCCGGGAGGCGUUGAGUGCGCGCCGCGCCCCUGCCGCUCGGGAGGCACUUUGGGCCAGACAGGGAAAUGGGGGAGAAAGUUUCGGAGGCGCCGGAGCCGGUGCCCCGCGGCUGCAGUGGCCACGGCAGCUGGACUCCAGCCUCUGCGCUGGGCGCCGCGUCCUCUCCGGGUGCUUCCUCGGCCGAGUCCUCCUCGGGCUCAGAAACUCUGUCGGAGGAAGGGGAGCCCGGCGGCUUCUCCAGAAAGCAGCAGCCGCCGCCGCCGCAACCGCCGCCGCCGCCGUCGGGAGGCGCCCUGGGCGCCCGGCCGCCAGCCGCGUGGGCUCCGGCACGCGUGCUGCUCGAGCGCGGAGUCCCUGCGCUGCCGCCGCCGCCCCCCGGAGGAGCUGUGCCGCCCGCGCCGCGGGGCAGCAGCGCGUCCCAGGAGGAGCAGGACGAGGAGCUUGACCACCUAUUAUCCCCUCCACCCAUGCCGUUUCGGAAAUGCAGCAACCCAGAUGUGGCUUCUGGCCCUGGAAAAUCACUGAAAUAUAAAAGACAGCUGAGUGAGGAUGGAAGACAGCUAAGGCGAGGGAGCCUGGGAGGAGCCCUGACUGGGAGAUACCUCCUUCCAAACCCGGUGGCAGGACAGGCCUGGCAGGCCUCUGCAGAGACGUCCAACCUCGUGCGCAUGCGCAGCCAGGCCCUGGGCCAGUCGGCGCCCUCGCUCACCGCCAGCCUGAAGGAGCUGAGUCUCCCUAGAAGAGGAAGUUUGAUAGAUUCCCAGAAGUGGAAUUGCUUGGUCAAACGCCCUGUGCGUCCAAAUGCUGGGAGAACAUCACCCCUUGAAUGAAUUGCCACCACAUUAAAUAAAAUGUAUCCAAAGCUCA